GCGGGGGCGGGCGGCGAGACGCCAAGGUCCGCUUUCUCCCGGGAGCGCCUCGCCGGUCGGCUCUCGGCCAUGGAGACCUUGCGCAAAGCGCUGAUCGUGGGUGCCCUUCUGGGCGCCGGGGCUGGCGUGGGAUCCGCGCUCUUUGUCCUCGUGACCCCGGGAGAGCAGCAGAUGCAGGCGAUGCUGAAGGAGAUGCCGGAGCAAGACCCGCGGCGCAGGGAGGAGGCGGCCAGGACCAAAGAGUUAGUGCUGGCCACUCUGCAGGAGGCAGCGGCCACGCAAGAGAACGUGGCCUGGAGGAAGAACUGGAUGGGCGGCGGCGGCGGCGGCGGCAAGUCCGCGUGAGCUGGGACUUCCGUCGUGGGCGCGGGGACCUUGCUCCCGCGCAAGAGUCAGAGGCCGCCUUUCUCCUCCGUGAGCCCAGCGGGGAGUCCGCAUCGAGGAUGCCGCGCCCGGGCCUCCCGGAGCCCCUGAGGAGCAGCUGUCGGGUGAGCACGUCCCUCCUCAAAAGCUGCACUGACUUGAACGUCCUACGUCGCGGGCGGGGGCGUCGGAUAUGGCGAACUCAAGGAACCAAUAAAUCACGUUCCUCCGUCAAGUCAGUGA